AGGUAGUCCUUUGUGUAAAUAAGCGUUUAGGCUUAUUUACACAAGGACUGUAAAUAAGUCCUUGUGUAAAUAAGGACUUACACAAGGACUUAUUGCCAUGGGAAAUUCAAGAAUUCUUCAAACUUGCAUAAAAUGCACAAAGUACUCCAGCAGCUCCCGUCAGUUUGUUCUAUCCUGUCGCAGAGCAGCGGCGUCGGGCUACUCACAUUGGGCCGGGCAUUUCAACUGCGCUUUUUAAGCGGUGGACUAAAAGCACCAUGGACAACAGAAGUUACGGUUCUGGAUAUUCCAGUUGGGGAGGUGGAAGCUCAGGAAACAGAGGUUCUGGUGGGUUUGACAUGUAUGGAGGAGGAGCAGGAGGAAGUUAUAAAGACUCCGGAGCUGGAGGAUACGGAGGUGGAGGCGGCGGUGGUGGCGGCCACAUGAAGCGAGGGCCGUCAGGAGGAUCUAUGCUCUCAUCCUCUGGCACACACGCAGACGCAGUCAUUGCCAAGAUUAACCAGCGCCUGGACAUGCUCACACAGUUAGAAGGGGGGUUUAGGGGACCUCGAGGAGACAGGUUUGACGAGUACGAGUCUUUCGACUCGCGCCCCUCCGGGCUCUCCUCCUCCCGAGAUCUCUACAGAUCUGGCGGCGGUAGCUACGGUUUUGGGGACAGCAUGCUGAUGAGUCAGCGAGGCGGCUCCGGCUUCGGAGGGGGAAUUGGGCUCGGGGGAGGAGGAGGCUUUGACAGCCCCUCCUCCUCCUCCUAUGGCGUCGCCAAAAUGCGACCGAAUAUGAGAGACUCCUUCGCUGGUGGCCAGGGAGGCGGCUCCGGAGGCGGCGGAUGGGUCGGAGCCGGCCGACGUUCCCCCAGAAGGGGCGGGGGCGCCGGGGCCCGAGGAGCCGCAGGAGGGUUUGGCGGCCGCAGGUCCGACCCCACCCCACUAAGCGGGGGUUUGCGGGGAAGCGGCGGUGGGGGCCAGUCCCACCGGGGCCACUCUCCAGGAGGUGGUAGAGGCAAGCUCCCAUCCCUCCUGUCCAACCGCAUGUACCCCGAGAGCGGUGGCUUCCAGGGCUCUGCUCCGGGGCCUCAGGACUUUCCCGGGAGGCAUUUUGGAGGGGGGCCACGAGGCGGUCGCCAGCGAGGCCGCAAGAGACCCCUCAUCAAACAGCAGAUGAAGCCACAGCGUGACGGACAGAAAAAGAGGAAGACCGGAGGCGACGAGCCGGAGUCGAAGAUCAACAAAACGGAGGGCGAGGAGAAGGAGGGAACGCAAGAUGAACCAAAACCAGAAGGUGACGACAACAAUCCGGACCCUGCUACUGAGGAAGCGACUCCCUCUGAAGAAGGGAAAACUGCUACAGCCAAACAGGAGGAGAAGAAGAAGCCUCCGACCCAGGGACAGGAGAAGCAGCAAAAAGCAAGGAAGAGAAGAGGCUUCAUGGACAGAUUGAUGUUUGCAUGUUCCGUCUGCAAGUUCCGCUCCUUCUACAAGGAAGAAAUGGACGCUCAUCUGGAAAGCCGCUUUCACAAGGACCAUUUUAAGUUCCUUUCAAACCAGCUGUCCAAACCGACCACAGACUUCCUGCAGGAGUACAUGCAGAACAAAUUCAAGAAGACGGCAGAGAGGGUCGGCCAGUUAGAGAACCACAGCGCCACCAUCUGCCAGAUAUACAGAGAGCAGGAUCUCACCCGGGAGCUCGGAAUGGAGCACUUCAUGAGGAAGGUGGAGGCGGCGCACUGCGGAGCCUGUGACCUCUUCAUUCCCAUGCAGCCCCACCUCAUUCAGAAGCACAUCAAGUCUCCAGACCACAACUACAACCGGAAGGGCAUGAUGGAGCAAGCGAAGCGUGGCAGUUUAUCAGUGGCUCGAAGCAUCCUCAACCACAAACUGAUUGGGAAGAAACUGGAGAGCUACCUCAAGGGUGAGAACCCGUUCACUGGGAACCAAGAUGAGCACGACCCGGAGGACUCCAUGGCGAUGGACGUGUCAGAGCUGGAGCAGACCGGGGAGGCGGCUGAAGGUCAGCCAGAAAACCCAGAGGUCAAAGAUGAGUCUGUGGCUGAAGGAGAAGCUGCUCAGGAGGCAGAGGGGGAACAACCACCAGCAGCAGCAGCAGUAGCUGCUGCUGCUGCUGCUGCAGGGGAGGAAGAGGAGAGGAUGGAGGAUGAAGAGCAGCAGCAGCAGCUGGAGGAAGAGAACCAGGAAGAAGAAACGCAGGAAAACCAUGGAGCAGAAGAAGGUUUCGAGAUUGGCGAGGAAGAGGAGGACGAGGGAUACGUAGUGCACGAUGAAGGAGAAGAGGGAUUCCAUGGCGACGAGGAAGGAGCAGAGGAAUGUCAAGAAUGAGCUCUCCUUCCUUCCUGUGAGCGUUUUAAUGUGAAUAUAUCUGGACCAGCUGCUGAAUCAGUCCAGUUACAUCAGUUGUACAUACUUCUGCUGUUUUUCUUUGUUUUUUAUUGCAUUAGGAAUAAGUUUCCACUUCAGGUACUACUAUUCACUAAGCUCGACUAAAAGUGGCGACGUUCCUUUAAGCAGCUCUGAUGCAUGACUGCGUUCCAGUAUGUUUAAGAUGAACUUGUAAAGUAGCUUUUUUUCGGGACAAACAGGUGGCCUUGCUGGUUCCAGUCUUAAGUCGAAUAAUAAAUGCUUGUGCUGUCUUCACUCUCAAUGCAACAAAAACUUGGUUUUCUUUUUUUUUUUUUUUUUUUUACUUCAAAGACAAUAUUUGUGAAAAUAUCAAACUUUUGUCCUUUUUGUUGAAUAUUUCUAAUUUCUUUUACAAGCUAUCAGUAUUGUAAUGUUCCAGGAUGUUUUUGUUUUUAUUUUAUUUUUGUAGUUGCAUGGUGACCCAGAAUUGACCUAUUUGUGAUCUGCAACUGAAAUUUUACAGCAACGUGAGCUUUUUAAUCUUCCAGUGAAUUUAACUGUUGACAUUCAGAAUAGAUGGAAAAAAGAUGUGACUAUUUGUUUCAACUGAGAAAUAAACUUAUUCAAAACAAA